AUGCUGCAAAUUUUGAGAUUUCAAUUGAUUUCAUCAAAGAAAUAUAGCGCCCCAGUUUGUUAAGAAAUUAUUGAUGACAUUAAAAACAAGACUGAUAAAUGGGUCCCUCUAGAGUUAAGUGAGAACCCCUUUUCUGGUUAAUCAUUGAAAGACACUUAAUAAAGAUUUGGAAUUAAGAAUGCCAAUAGAAACCCAAAUUUUUCAGGCAUUUUCAGGAAUUUUGGCCAAUCAAAAAAAAGUUUCAACCUUGAAAGUUUAAAAGUUACCAGUAUUCCAUAGUCCUUUGAUGCUCGAGAUGUAUGGCCAGAUUGUAUUCAUGCUACUCGUGAUUAAGGCUAAUGUGGUUCAUGCUAUGCAUUCGCAGCAGCAGGUAUGAUGAGCGAUAGAGUAUGCAUUUAAACAGAGGGUAAAAUUGAUUUUGUUCUUUCUACUGGUGACUUAGUUUAUUGUGAUAUGAGUAACUAUGGAUGUGAUGGCGGCUGGAUGACUAACACUUUAGUAUAUUUGACUUAAGUGGGGAUUGCAACUGAACAAUGUAUAGGCUAUGAUGGUUAUAGCUCAAAAUGCUAUGACAGAUGUGAUGACAAAUCAGUUGAGUUCAAGCGAUAUAAAUGCAAAAAGGGAUCAACAAAGAUUAUGACUGAUAAAUUAGAAAUCAUGAGAGAUUUGAUGGAGAAUGGACCCUCAAUCGUGGCUUUCUAAGUUUAUGAAGAUUUCUAAAACUAUGGAGGAGGAACAUAUGAAUACACUACUGGUGAAUUUGUGGUAGGGCAUGCAACGAAGUUGAUAGGAUGGGGCUUUGAUAGAACUGGCAGAUUAUAUUGGAUCAGCUAGAAUUAAUGGGGAAUCACUUGGGGAGGAAGGAAUGGAUAUGGUUAUUUUUAAAUAUACGAUGGUGAAUUGGGAUUCGCUUCAGUGGUUUGGUCAUUGCUAUUACUAUCGGUUCAUUUUGAAAAAGGUCUCGCACUUGAUAAUCAUCCUGUUAGAGAUGAAAUUGUAGAAAAAAUUAAAGUCCAUGCUAAAUCAUGGAAGCCAAUGGAAACAGGAGAUAAUAGACUUGGUGACAUCCCUCUAGAAUAAUUUGCCAUGAAACUAGGUCGAAUUCCAGAUAUCUCAUAAAUCACCAAUAAAAUCAGCCAAGGAGUGCAUGACGCCUUUCGAUUUUUCAAUCAUAGAUAAUCUGCUUCAAGCCAUCACACUGUAAUGAGUAAAAAGUACAUGAAAUUAUUGUAAGAAUAAGGAGGUGAAAUACCAAAAUCAUUUGAUUCAAGGCAGAAGUGGCCUGAUUGUAUGCAUCCAAUUAGAGACUAAUAACUAUGUGGGUCCUGUUGGGCUUUUGCUUCAAGCAGUUUCUUAAGUGAUAGAUUUUGCAUCCAUUCUGGAGGCGAUAUUAAUGUGUUACUUGCACCUUAAGAUCUUGUCUCUUGCAACUAUGAAAAUCUUGGUUGUAGUGGAGGGUAGCUAAUCGGCACAAUAAAUUACUUGAUCUCAGAGGGUAUUACAUCAGAAACAUGCAUGCCUUACUAAAACAAUGAUAAGGCUUGUGACUUCAAAUGUAUCAAUAAAACUGAAUCAUACACAAAAUACUAUUGUGAAAAAGACUCUUUGACUAUUUUAUCUGAGACCGAGGAGAUAUAACUAGAACUCAUGACUAAUGGACCAUUAAUGGUAGGAUUGACUGUUUAUGAAGACUUCCCUAACUAUAAAGAAGGAGUAUAUGAAUAUAUAACUGGAUCUGCUGUAGGCGGGCACGCUAUUAAGCUCAUUGGAUGGGGAACUGAUGAGAAUGGUACUGUGCAUUGGAUUUGCUAAAAUUAAUGGGGAGCAGACUGGGGAGAAAAUGGCUAUGUCAGAAUAAAAUCAGGUCAACUUGGAUUGGACUCUAUGGUAAUGGGAUGUACUCCUGAUAUUGAAUGA